ACAGAGAAAAAUCAUCUCAUUAAUCGUUAACAUGGAGGUGGUCAUGAAAAAUCGCCUCCGAGAAUGAUUGCUUUCAGAAUGAUUGCUGUACCCUGGACUUUAUUUGUUUCUUUCCACGGUUAUGGUUUCUGCUAUGAAAAUCUCAGUAGAAGACCCACAACAGUGCUCACCCAAAGUUCGACCUACAAUGCACAGACAGCAUCAAUUGCUAACGAUGGCGAUGUUCAGACUGAUGAACUCCAUUGUUCUCAUACUGCGCAUAAUCACACAAAGGCAUGGCUACAGGUGGACUUUGGACAGCCUUAUAUGAUAAACAAUGUUAUAAUUCAUUAUAGAAGAGAAGGUGAUGAAUCAUCGUCUUGGAAGCAGUAUCGGUUCAGGCAAUUCUAUCUAGAUGCAUCAAACAAUUCAGCUAUACAGACAACGACGUCACAAAGAACCCGUUGUUACACCGAUAACACGACUGCCCCAGACUUACCUCCAAACAUAAUCGACAUACCUUGUAAACAGACAGCUAGAUACGUCAUUGUGGAGACCACUUAUGACGCACCUGAAGAUGAUAACAUCGAUGAACACGGAGCGAUCCUUGAAAUAUGUGAAAUAAAAGUAUACGGAUGUGGGAAAACCAAUGGGAUUUGUAUAAAAGGAUGCACACCGGGACAGUAUGGGGACACGUGUGAUGAAACAUGUAGUCAUGGGUGUGCAGGAGGAACGUGUGACCAACAGAAAGGAACCUGCAGUGCUGGUUGUAAACGAAACUGGACAGGGCGUCUAUGUGAUGUUUGCGACGCGAAACAUUACGGACCUGCCUGCUCUAUGGAAUGCAAUAUAAAUUGUUUAAACAAUACCUGCAAUGAUGUAACUGGUUCUUGUAAAGAUGGUUGCGCGUUUGGAAAAUUUGGAGAUUUCUGUAACGAAACUUGUAAUGAACAUUGUGUCUCUUAUUGGCACGAGGAUACCGAGAAAUAUAAGAAAUUGAAGGAAUCGAAUUUGGAAACCCUGUUCAUUUUGUAUGGGAUGAUUGCAGCUCUUUGUGUUAGUCUCAUUGUCAACGGCUGCAUGAUAAAAUGGAAUUUAAGACGUGACCAAUACAAAGGGCAAGACGUGAAUCAAAAGACGAUGAAUAAAAAUUUUCCUCUUCAGGAUUCCAUCUCACCCCAAGAUAUAUAUGAUACAGUGGGAGACGACAAAAAAUACGAAGAUUUGGGUCAUCUCAGUGGGUCGUCUCACUAUGAUCAACUUGAAUUGAUAAAAUCGAGUUAAUUGAUAUGCAUUUGUAAUCAGAGAAAUAAUGAGUAUGUUUGUUAUAAAAUUAAAGCAAACUAAUUUAUAUCAUGAAAACCAACAAUCAAUUUCAAUGAGAAGAUUUGCAUGUGUAAUAAUUAUUGAUUUUGAUUGGAGUGUUCAUAUACACGGACUUUAGGGGUUUCUUUUUUGCUGCACAAUAGAGAACGCUUAGUGUUAGGAUUUUUAAAAAUAUGUAUUUAUUUGAGGGUUUUUACUUUUGCAAAUAGCAUAUUUAUUGAUUGUUAAUUACAUUGAAGAGGAUUUUGUACCAUUUUAUGACCGCAAUUAGGCUAUAAACUAGUGCAAUGAAUACUUUGAACAAUUGGUGAAAAUGAAAACAUUUAAUAUACAUGCAUAUGCUUUCAAAAGAUAAUAUUCAAUAUUAUUGUUAAUUCCUGUUUUGGGUAUUUUUAAUGUUGGUUUAUUAUAAUUGAUGAUAAUAGUGAAUAAUCACAUAUUAAGAUGCAUACAUUGUACAUUUAAUUUUCAAACAUGUAUUAUAAAUUUUGCUGUUUCUGUAUAUAAUUGCCGACUGUAUAUACGUUUCCAGGAUCAUAAUGUAAAUUAGCCUAGUUAUGAGCUAGUAAUGAGCUAAAAGAUUACUUUUUAUUUUAUAAAAAUGCUUGCUUUGUAUAAAGGCCUUUAUUAAUAGCUCAAAAUAAUUUAUGUCCAUCUUGGUACAUGUACUCGUUUGUAUAUUUUUCUUUCAAGUUUUGUGUAUACCCGCAUCGUUUAGCACCAUGCAUGCAGAUGUAUAGACGCACAGUCUUUUUCUAUUUACGGUACAUUAAUUAU